AUGAGUGAAUCGCGAACCGAAUUGCUUGCUUGGCUAAACGACCUGCUGCAAAUAAGCUACACGAAAGUUGAACAAUGCGGAACAGGCGCAGCCUACUGUCAAAUCCUUGAUUCUAUAUUUGGAGAUGUGCAGAUGAACAAAGUCAAAUUUGUGGCCAAACAUGAAUACGAAUAUGUGGCUAAUUACAAGGUGUUGCAAACAGCUUUCGAUAAACAUAAGGUUGACAAGAUUAUUCCGGUUGAGCGCCUUGUUAAAUGUAAAUUUCAGGAUAAUCUUGAAUUUUUGCAGUGGGUAAAGAGAUAUUGGGAUACUUAUUAUCCCGGUGGGUCCUAUGAUGCGAAUGCAAGACGUGCUGGAGCUGUUGCCGGACCUGUAAAGACUGUUUCUGGUGGGGGCACCACUAAAACAAUGGCACCAAAACGAACUGCCGCUCCCUCAUCUGUCGGCCGUGUCGCACCCACAAACUUUGAUUCAUCUUCAAUGGUGAAUGAAUUAAAUAAACAAAAUGAUGAGCUUAAAGUUGCUUUAGAUGGUCUCGAAAAAGAGCGUGACUUUUACUUUGGGAAACUCAGGGAUAUUGAAAUCUUGGUUCAGCAACAAUUUGAUAAUGAACCCGAAAAUCAAUUGUUAAAAGAAAUUCAAUCCAUUCUUUACAGUACGGAACCGGGUUUUGAAGCUCCCCCUGAGGGUGCUGGCGAAGACUACGGAGAUGAAACCUUUUAA